GCCCUGGAUCUCUGUGUGCAGCUAAUGGACAUGGGGGAGACAGCGCUCAUCACUUCAGAUGGGAAUUACUGCUUCGGCCCACUGGGGAGGAUUCCCGACAUUCCUCCCUGUGCUUCCUUAACUCUCGAGGUGGAAUUGUUGACAGCCCAGGAUGCUCCCGAUUUGGAACUCCUCAGCGGGAAAGAGAAAGUCUCACUGGCUAACCGGAAGAGAGAAUACGGCAAUGUUCACUACCAGCAAUUAAAUUACGUUCUGGCCGCCAAUUCCUAUGACAUUGCUCUCAAGGUCAUCAACUCCAAUACUAAAGUGAAUUUCAGUGAGGAAGAAGAGGCAGAGCUGGUGGAAGUGAAGAUAAAAUGUUUGAAUAAUUUAGCAGCGUCCCAUCUUAAGCUGGACCAUUUUGAGGCUGCCCUGCGAGCCUGCAAUCAAGUGUUGGAGCAACAGCCAGAUAACAUCAAGGCGCUGUUCCGAAAGGGAAAGGUUCUGGCACAGCAAGGGGAAUACAGUGGGGCCAUCCCUAUCUUAAAGACCGCUCUGAAGCUGGAACCAUCAAACAAGACCAUUCACACCGAGCUCUCGAAACUGGCCAAAAAGCACGCUGACCAAAAGAACAUCGAGGCAGAGAUGUACCGCAAGAUGCUGGGGAACCCUGGGUCCAGCAGCCCCCCAGCGAAGUGCAAAGAUAAAUCCUCCUGGACAAUUCCGUGGAAGUGGCUGUUUGGUGCCACUGCUGUAGCGCUGGGGGGCGUAGCCCUGUCAGUCAUCAUAGCAGCCAGAAACUAAGGCCGACCUGCGGUUGAUGACUUUUGAGGAAUCAGGCUUGGAGAUUUGGCCCUUCCUUCCUCCCAGCUCCUGCCCCUCUUCCACCACCUGGCCCCCUCAAGGACUGGCAUACGACUUUGCACCGGUGUCCUCCCCUCUGGACUGUAGGUUGACUGAGUGGGGGGGGUGGGCACAGCAGACUUGGCUCUCCUGCCCAGCAGAAAGACUUCCCAGCCUCCAGAGUUGAUCAGAACAUCAAUGAAACCCUUUUGCAGGAGAUGCCUGGGGUGGCAAGAGAGAUUCUUGCACCGUCUGGAGCUGCAGAAGUGAGAAAAAACCCAGAGGGUCUGGGUAUAUUUUGCAGGAGAGGGCAGGAAAACAGGCCUUGGCUCAAUGGCUACCAUUCACUUCUCUCUUUCUUUCUCUCUCUCUCUCUCUCUCUCUCUCUUUCUCGCUCGUGUGGGUUUUUCUUAUCCUUGCGCUGAAGCUGGCCCCGCAAAAGAUCCGUCAAAAUGAAGGAAGGAUAUUUCUGGGGUCCGCCGGGCAGGGGGAAGAAACCAGGGACUGCAAAAAUAAAAAAUAAAAAAGAGUUGCAUUGGCUUUAGAACAGAUUUAGGAGGAGAAGCUUAGAAACUGUUUAGACCUGGCCUUAGGCCAGGUAGAAGAGGCCAGGACUGUGAAGAUGCUCCUUUAGUGCUCAGGAUUGGUUUAGGGUGGGGGGUCAGAGGGAUUUUGGUUUGUCCAACCGCCUUCCGUGAAAGCUUCCUUGGAGAACCUCAGGGGUUUCUCUAGAUUUCAUUUUGGUUUGUUCCAGGUGUUGAAAACAUGCCUGCAGGGAACAUGUCUGGGUAAAAAAAUGACCUGGAUUGCUUUCUUUUGAUCGUCUUCAGGAAGCCAAAUCGGGAGCCAAGGAACUUCUCCAUCGUUGCUCAAAAUCUGCUUUCAAACUUUACUGGUGGCUUUUUCCCCCUCCCCUGACUGUCUCCUUUUUAAGCCACCCAACUUUUCAGUUCGCAGCACCGGGUGCCACUCGAACCCGGCGCUGUUUUUCUUUGGUACAGUUUUUCUCACUCUCUACAUUUUAAAACUGUGAACAGCUGCGACAUCCUCAUGUUCUAAUAAAGCAACAUCUCUCAGCAGA